AUGGUAGAAAAUGGUGACCGCCGUGGAGGCAACAUCCUCGGCUUGGGUGGGAAGAUUCAGAACGGCCCAACGUUAAUGUGGCCUCUCUCUUUGACUGUCGACACCGAGGAGAACCAGAGGGUUAUCCUCCCCAUAGCACGGCAGCUAGUUGGAGCUAUCAAUCGGAAACUCAGGCAGCAAGAAGGCUUUGUCGAGUGGUACUGUCUUAAUUAUUCUUGGGGUGAUAUCAAUCCUUUCCAGUACUUUGGAUCUAAUAACCUCGGUUUGAUGGAGCGGGUGUGUGCCAAGUACGAUCCAGAUGGCAUGUUUCAAAUAUUACGACAGACUGGAUUUUCACUUGGUCAUGGAUGA